AUGUCUACCCCUUCUCUCUCUACCCUCCCUGAGGAGCUUCAGAUUCACAUCUUGGGAUACAUAUACAAAUACUCCCUCAUCGACCUUCGUCUCGUCAGUCACACAUUCUCCCGCCUCAUCACACCAAUCAUCUUCCGCGCGAUUCGCGUCCGCGCUUAUAGAGAUGAGCCACAGCGCUUCCUCAACAUCGCCAUGGCGCCACAUCUGAGAUGUCACGUGCGAGAUGUCACUUGCGAUACAUGGACAGGAUCUUUUCCCACAGAGAAACGCCUGGAGCUCGUGGACGAGUUCUUUGAAGCUAUUCCUUCUAUCUGCGUGUUCCCUAAGCUCGACACUCUCAACAUACUUCUGGAACGUGAUGGAUUUCACAUGUACUACAAUACGCAAUACCGACUUCUGGAGAUGCUGUUUCGCUGUAUGGAGGGGUCCUGGCAGGUACAUAACUAUAUUGGCAGGGAUACCACGUCUUCUCCCAAGGUCUCUGGUCAACAGGCCAAAACUGGGGUUUCUCGUCCUCUCAAGACUCUGUCGAUCUCGAAUCUCGUUGAUGUCAGUAGUGUCAAGGCGAUGCUUUCUUUUCAAUCUGUCAUGAACUCGGGAGCUCUAAAGGACCUGCGUAUCAGCGCAGCUGACCUCAAUACAGAGAAGUGCUGCCAAGGUGUUCACCACGAUCUCCUUGAGAUAGUGCUCUCUCCCAGAAUCGCAGGCAAUCUCCAGGUCCUUUCCCUGUUUUCUUGGGCCUCAUGGGGAUGGUUUCCCAACAUGGACUUCCGCCUCGUUGGUGCCAACGACCUGCCUAAUCUCAAAGUUCUCGCUCUGGGACAAUUUGAGUUCAGUCAGUGGUGGCAGGUUGAGUGGAUCGGAUCCCUUGGCAUCGAGAAGCUCUAUCUCGAUGAGUGCACAGUUCUGCACUCGGAUCGCAACCGGGCUGCCAUUUCUCAAGAGGAGACCGAGAGGGCAAAGAAGAAUGCCUGGCGCAAGGGUUAA